AUGGUUGCUCAACAAAAUCUUGUGCAUGUGUUUCUAGUUACCUUUCAAGGACAAGGCCAUGUCAAUCCACUUCUCAGACUCGGCAAGCUCCUUGCUUCAAAGGGUAACCUUCUCGUGACCUUCGCUGCCACCAAAUCCAUCGGGAAAAAAAUGAAGAAGGCAGAUGCUGCUGUCUCUGGUGAUCCUACUCCCGUCGGCAACUGUGGUGGGAUGAUCCGGUUUGAGUUUUUCGACGAUGGAUGCUCUGAAGACAAUGACGACGAACGCCAUGACCGUGCCACGUACUUGCCUAAGCUUGAGGCUUAUGGAAAGAAAGCAAUAGCCGCAAUUCUCGACCGCCAUGCGCAAGAUGGCCGCCCGGUUUCAUGCCUUGUCAACAGCCCUUUCAUCCCUUGGGUUUCUGAUCUGGGAGAAGAGCUUAACAUCCCUUCAGCAAUGCUUUGGGUGCAGUCUUGUGCUUGCUUUUCUACGUAUUAUCAUUAUACGAAUUCAUUGAUUCCUUUUCCAAGCGAAAAGCAACCGGACAUCGACGUUCAUUUGCCCAACAUGCCGAUGUUGAAGUCCGAUGAAAUUCCCAGCUUUUUACAUCCUGCAACGCCUUAUCCGUCCUUGAAAGCAGCCAUUUUAAAACAAUUCAGAAACUUACCAAAAACGUUUUGUGUAUUAAUGGAAACAUUUGAAGAACUUGAAGAUGAUUUGAUUAAAUACAUGUCUGAAAUAUGCCCUAUUCGACCUGUGGGUCCUUUGUUUAACUACCCAUUACUCGAAACCACCUCCAAUAUCUCCGGCGACCUGAUAAAAGUAGAAAAAUGUCUGGAAUGGCUCGACUCACAGCAACCUUCUUCAGUGGUUUACAUAUCAUUCGGAAGCGUUGUGAGCUUAAGCCAAGAACAAGUGACUGAGAUGGCUUAUGGGGUUUUGAAUUCUGGUGUAUCGUUUUUGUGGGUCGUGAGGACGACUGCAACUUCUACUGGGGUACCUGGACGGUUGCCAAAGGGCUUCAUGGAGGAUGUGGGUGAGAGAGGGAUGGUUGUCCACUGGAGCCCACAAGCCGAAGUGCUUUCCCACCCUGCGGUUUCUUGUUUUGUGACCCAUUGCGGGUGGAACUCUACGAUGGAGGCGUUGUCGAGCGGUGUUCCGGUGGUGGCGUUCCCACAGUGGGGGGACCAAGUGACGGAUGCCAAAUACUUGGUUGAUGAAUGGAAGGUCGGGAUUAGGAUGUGUAGGGGUGAGGCUGAGGAAAGGGUGAUCGGGAGGGAGGAGAUAGCCAAGUGCUUAAAGGAGGCCACUAGUGGUGCAAAAGCGACGGAGAUGAAAAAGAAUGCAUUGAAGUGGAAGAAGUCAGCGGCGGAGGCGGUGGCGGAAGGUGGAACUUCUCACCGGAGUAUUCAAGAGUUUGUGCAUGAUGUCAAGAAGAUAGGUGUUCAGUGAAACAUCAAAGGUUCAAGUAAUCAUUGCAUCAUUGGCCAUAAUUACCCCUCGUUUGAAUAUGAGUUUGUG